CCCGCCAAGGGCCACCCCGGCCCGCCCCAGCCCCUGCUCCCAGGCCAUGCCCUGCAGCGCCGCUGCGAAGCAGCCCCCGCCGCCGGGGCCGGCACCGGGCCCGCCUGUCCGCUGCUGCCCGACAAGAGCCUGCCCGGGAUGAAGGGGAAGGAGCCGGUGGUCUAUCCCUGGAUGAAGAAGAUCCAUGUGAGCACGGUCAAUCCCAAUUACAACGGAGGGGAGCCCAAGAGGUCUCGCACAGCCUACACCAGACAGCAGGUCCUGGAGCUGGAGAAGGAGUUUCACUUCAACCGCUACCUGACCAGAAGGCGACGCAUUGAGAUCGCACACACCCUCUGCCUCUCCGAGCGCCAGGUCAAAAUCUGGUUCCAGAACAGGCGCAUGAAGUGGAAGAAAGACCAUAAACUGCCUAACACAAAGAUGCGCUCCUCAAACCAGUCCACACUGAGCCAGCAGUCCAAAGCACAGACACAGGGCCACCCCCAUUCGCUCGAUGGGGCUACACCCAACGCAGCUGCGCUAUAAAUACGGUUUUUGGUUUGAGUCUUUUUGGUCUUUUUUUGUUUGGUUGGCAUUUUUUUUGUCGUUGUUGUUGUUUUGUUGGGUUUUUUUUAAUAUAUAUAUAUUUACCUAUCUAUUGGGGUUUUCAAGCUGCCUCGAGGUAGAGGCUGGCCUUUUGGACCAAACUGUGUAAAACAAAACAGGAGCAGAAAAGGAAGAUGAGACGUGUCCAAGAACGGGCACAUGUUUAAACCAAAACCCGGACGAUUGUCUACAUUGUAUAUAGAUAAUGGUUCCAUGCCCAUCAUUUUUUUCUAUUUAUGGAAACGCUCUCUUGCCCUCGGUGUAAGAGAGGGCUGGAUGCUGUCAUGGACGAAUUCUCUGUACCUAAGACGGACUCUUUUUCUUUUUCUUUUUUUUUUCUUUUUCUUUUUCUUUCUUUUUUUUUUUUUAAUUUUUUUUUUUUUUAGGGAACACGUUAAAAAUAAAAAAAAAAACAUUUAAAACAAAGCAAAGAGCUCGUGAGACACUUGUGUAAGGCAUUGACUUGCAUAGCGCUGUUUUGUGGUGUGUUCAUGGAUUUCUCUGUGCGUGCUUGUGUGUGUGAUGGUGCACAGGCACGUAUACACACACAGAUCAACACGGGAGAGAGAACAAACACGUCCACAAGAGGUUAAAGACUUAUGAAAAAGUCCCCUUACGCUGUCUAAAGGAAAAUGUUUUAUGUAUCAAAGGUAACUUAACUGGUUUUAAGUGUAGCCCCCUCAGUAGCUGUGAUCUAUUAGUUUUUCUCCACAUUCCCUAUUGCAUUUAUUUAAAGAAAUAUUGCUAUAAAGGCUGUUGCUGUCUUCAUAUUUGGCACCGUCUAAAUAGUUUGGGUCCAUGUACAAUUUGUGGAUUUUUGGUGUAAUGUAUAACAGUGCCAAAUGCUAGUAAUAAAGGUUAUUCUGUACAAAAGAAUUAAACGCUUGAAACACAAGUCCACUACGUGCUGUUUCAUCCACCUUGUGCUUGACUGGUGUUGGCAUCAGAAAUGGAAAACAACAGUUUAAUGCA